AAGCAAGUUUGAUUUAUGAGUAUACUUGUAUACAAGGAACACAAACAUUUAUUCGCUUAAAAUGUGGUACAAAUUGCCGUAAUACCAAUACUUGUAAGUUUCCAUAGUAACAAAUAUUGUUGUUUGUGAGGAAAUGUCAUUCGUUGUUAAUAAUCUCGUAAAUAUAUAAACUACAAUAUGGUUGAAUUUACACCUGGUACGAUUGAGAAGUUAGUAGAACUACUGCGUCCUCCUGAACCGGAAGUAUUGCAAGGGGAAGACUUAGCGCCAUCAGCUUACGAGAUAUCAUCAACCAGGAAUAAAGUUCCGCCGUCUGAAGAAAAGAAGGUUCCCAAGAAUAUCGAGGAGUUUGAAGAGCAGGAGGCUGCGGAAGCCGAGUCUCUUGGCCAAGUCGGCACAGGAAUAAGUGGACGAAAAUUGCCAGAGUACACCAUGAACUAUCAACAGGCGGUGACGGCAGAAGAUGUCUUUCUUCAGAUCGGCCCAAAAACACCUAUGUCGGCAAGUUGUGAGAACUUGAUAGUGAGAAUCAAGAUGCCCGGAGACAAGAAAGAAAAUGUGGAUCUUUCUGUGGAUACCACUAGCGUCUCUGUGGACUCCUCCCGAUACUCUUUGAAGCUGCCACUACCUCACGCCAUAAACCCUGAUCAGUCGAAAGCCAACUGGGACACGGCCGAAGAAAUGUUAGUCUUAACUUUGAAGUUAGACAGAGAAUUUGAUUUUGUUAAUUUCUAAAAUAGAAGUGUCCACACUA